AUGGGUGACGCUCGGGAGGCCUGCCCUUCCCAGCUGAUCAAUCUAGGGUCAACUCUGGAAGGUCUUCAGGGCAACCAGCAACGCCUCCUGCUCGAUACAGUUAGUCAGGUGCGAAAAUGUGGUUUGGGCGGUAUCCUCUCUCUCCCACAGAUUGUCGUGUGUGGAGAUCAGUCCGCUGGAAAGAGCUCCGUUCUAGAAGCUUUGACCGAGAUUCCCUUCCCUAGAAGUGACAAUCUUUGCACAAGAUUUGCUACCGAGAUAAGCCUCCGCCGUGAGGCCCAAGAAAAAAUCACCGUCAAGAUUGUACCUUCCUGCACGCGUAGCAAGCAAGAACAGGUUUCUAUCAAGGCAUUUUCCGAAUCUAUCACUAGCCUCAGCGAUUUGCCAAGAAUUAUGGAUGCUGCAAUGAAGAUUAUGGGCAUCAGUUUGUCCAACAAUACACCAUCUGUCAGCGCUUUUGCCUCGGACACGCUUAGUAUUGAGAUCGAUGGCCCGAAUCGUCCACAACUUACCCUGGUCGACAUUCCGGGCCUUAUUCAGGCUUCCACAAAGGGUGUUUCUGAGAACGACGUGGCGACAGUCAAGGAAAUUACGGACCGCUAUAUUUCCCAGCAUCGAACCAUUUGCCUUGCGGUUAUUUCAGCUACCAACGACGCAGCCAAUCAGGGAAUUCUUCAGCAAGUCCGCAAGUUUGACCCGAAAGGAGAGCGAACACUGGGUGUUAUUACAAAGCCCGACAAGUUAGAGGCGGGUUCUGGCUCUGAAGCUAAGUUCAUUGAGCUUGCACGUAAUCAAGAUGUCUUCUUUGAGCUUGGCUGGCAUGUCGUCAAAAACCGAAUGUUUAGCGAGCAAGACUUCUCGUUUGAGGAGCGGAAUACUUCGGAAAUGAACUUUUUCUGUACCUCGAAUUUCAGGAGUCUGCCCAAAGAAAUGCUUGGCAUCGACACCCUGCGUGUUCGGCUUAGCCAUCUCCUCUUCAAUCACGUGAAGAACGAGCUACCACGGCUAAUGAGUGAUUUGGAAGUGGCUUUAGAAUCAUCCAAGCGUGAUAUGGAGCCUCUCGGAAACUCCAGAUCCACGGCUGCGGAGUGUCGACAAUACCUAGCGCAAUUGAGCAUGGAUUGUCAUGAGAUCUGUAAGGCUGCUUCCAACGGUCACUACGAACACGAGUACUUCAAGGUCAAAGAUGGCGGGGACUUCACUUUCACCAAGAAGAGCACCAUUUCUCGGCUUCGCGCAGCCGUCCAACACUGGAACAAUAAGUUUUCAGAAGAUAUCCGGACUGAGGGGCACAAAUACCGUAUUUCUAGAGUCGAUCCUGGGGAACUGGAUCCCAUCGACAUAACCGAAGAGGGUUUUGGCAAAUCCAACAAGGGCCCAAAGAGAAUGUCAAAAGCCGAAGCUUACAGCUGGGUUAAGGGAGUAGUUCUACGCUCACGGGGAACGGAGCUAUUUGGCAGCUUCAACCCUCACGUCGUCGCAGAGCUUUUUUGGGAACAAUCACAGCCGUGGGCUGAGCUGGCCAAUGCUCACGUCGAUCUGAUCUGUGAUAUUUGUGAGAGUUUUCUCACACAUCUUCUCGAGACGAAAGGCGCGAAGGAUGUUACGCCUCGCAUCUGGUCCAUUAUCAAGAACCGCCUUCAGCAGCGCAGAGCAGCAGCGCACGACGAGCUGAGAAAGCUCCUCGAAGACCUCAAGGGGUUUCCUAUCAAUUACAAUCACUACUAUACUGAUAAUCUCCACAAAAGCCGCCAAGAGAAGCUCAAAUCCCACCUCAAAGCCGGCAAACCUGGUUAUUUCGAGCACCAUGCAAGUAUGAAUUGCAGUCGAGGAUUACACUAUGAAAAGUUUGAUGUAGCCACGGUAGUUGGGAUGGUAUCCACAAUUUGCACCAAAGCCAAUGCCGAUAUGGAAGAUUUCAGCUGUGAAGAGGCAAUAGAAUGUUUGUUGGCAAUUUACAAGGUCCAACAGAAAGUUUUUGUUGCAAAUGUUACCACACAGGUGAUCGAACGCCAAAUUCUUCGCGGCCUCGACCAUGUUUUCUCUCCCCCAGUCGUUGCGGGAAUGAGUGACGCCGAGGUCAUAUCUGUCGCUCUCGAGGGCGCUACAGUACAAAAUCAGCGAAGGUUUCUAUUGGACCGUAUUUCCAAGCUUGAAGAGGGCCGCGAUAUCUUUCGCACCACGGUGGGAACAGUCAUAGUCUCGUAG